UGCCACCUCUCUGCACACACACUCACACUCACACUCACACACACAGAGCCGCUCCAGAGCUCUUACUUUAACGCAUAAUUUUAAAAAUUUCGUAGCAAUAUUUGUUUGUAGCUGAACCAUCAUUGCUGAUUAUUGCUCAAUUGAUUGUGCAUGUAUCUACAUAGGCUGCUCCUAGCUGAGUUUCUGACCAUAGUUGUUGCGCCACAGAGCUUUUUUUGGGCCCCUCUAAUUAUACCUCUUACUCAGUCUCUGCCCCCUCCAGUCUAAUUAUUUCACUUGUCUCCGUAACUUUUCCAUUUCCCCUCUCCCUCUCUCUCUCCUCCAUGGUUUCGUAAAUGUCUGAUUCCAAGGCUAACGGUUCGGCGCCGCCGCAUUUGUACGGGAAGCGGAGGGACGGAGCCAGGGUUCAGAUGCUCGAGAGGGAGAUUGCCUUUUUAGACGAAGAAUUGAAAUCGCUUGAGAGCAUUCCACCGGCUUCAAGAUCCUGUGAAGAGGUUGCUGAAUUCGUGAUAGGAAAUGUCGACCCUCUCAUACCUACGAUUAAGAAGCCUCGUAAAUCAUGGCGUUUCUGGAAAUGGUUCUGUGGAGCGUGCUGCUUCGACUUUUUGUGGAUUUGCUGCUGCAGUAUGCCGCGGUGCUGCGACUGUACGACGUGUAAUUCCUGCGGCAACCCAUGUCGGAGCUGCGAAAUACCGGCAUGCCGGUGCUUCCCCUGCAUUAUUAGCAAAUGCUUUAAGAAGUGGAAAUGCAGCCUAAAUUGCUGCUGCCGCUGUCUACCUAAGCGCUCUUGCUGCCCAACCUGCUCUUGCACAAGGUGUACAUGUUAUCCUAAAUGUCCCAACCUAAAAAAUAUGUGUUCAUGUUGUAACAAAAGCUGCUGCUUCCCUUGCUUCUUCUACUGUAUGUAAUUUUUAAUUAAUAUAUUCUUGCCUUUUACUCA